GCAACAACAACAACACAGCAUCGGAUUUGUGCAACAGUAAUAAAAAAGAACAACCAAACAUUGUGCAACUUUCCCCAUCUUUCACUUCACAGCCAUUUGUUUUAGCGUGACAAAAAACACGAUUUUACCCUCGGCCAGAGUUUUUAGUUUAACCAGUAGCAAAAACCACCAACCAUUGAACGCUUCACAGGAGGUGCUUGGUGGUGGUGUGGGACGCAUAUGAGGGAACGGGAAGCAUCGGUACAGAUUGCAUCGUUAUCUAAUUUCUAGGCCGUGGUCGGUUUGCUUCGUCGCUUGCAUUGCAUUGCCUGUCCCUUCGCCUCAUUCGGCGACGGAGUAAGAUUGCAGUAGGACGGCCCUACGGGAAGCGCGCACAGUGUUGGUUUAGCGAUCGGGCCGUGGAGUAUGUGCGUUCGGCUGUGAAUAGUGUAGCUGGAAGUACAUCGUAACCAAUCCUAAUUGUAGUCCAUCAACGUUCAAGUCCUUUUUGCUAGUCGGUGAAAGUAGUGCUGUGAGAAGUAGGCAAUGGCAACUGGCGAAAAAGAGUCCAGCGACAAUAUGAUCUCGCUCGGAUGGAAAUUUCUCAACAAGGAAACGUUUGGCAAUGGCGAGCGUGCCAACUAUGUGAACAGUCCGCACGUGAUUGCGAUGGUCGGGCUGCCGGCCCGCGGCAAAACGUACAUCUCGAAAAAGCUGUCCCGCUACCUAAACUGGAUCGGCAUCAACACGAAGGUGUUCAAUCUGGGCGAGUACCGGCGCCAUGCGACCGACGCCUACCGCAGUCAUGAGUUUUUCCGCCCGGACAAUGAGGAAGCGAUGGCGAUCCGGCAGCACUGUGCCGAGCUGGCGCUGGAGGACGUUUGCAACUGGUUGGAAAAUGGUGGCGAAGUGGCGGUGUUUGAUGCUACAAAUUCUACCCGCGACCGGCGUCAGAUGAUACGCGAAAUUGUGGUAAAAAAGAUGGGCUAUAAGCUCUUUUUCGUCGAGUCGGUCUGUGACGAUCCCAGCAUUAUCGAACAGAACAUUAUGGUCAAGAUCAGUGGCUUGGAGCAUCAUCCGCCAUUAAUUCCGAACGAGGAAGUAAAAGUAAGUAGCCCCGACUAUCGGAACAUGAACAUGGAUGAAGCGUUGUCGGACUUCCGGCUGCGCAUCGAGCACUACCAGGAACGGUACGAGCCGCUGAGCGAGGAGCUGGAGAAGGAUCUGUCCUACAUGAAGAUCUACAACACGGGCGAAAAGGUGGUGGUGCACAAGCACGAGGGACACAUACAGUCGCGCAUCGUGUACUAUCUGAUGAACAUUCACAUUACCCCCAGAACGAUCUAUCUCACCAGACACGGAGAAAGCGAACACAACCUACAGGGACUGAUCGGUGGCGAUUCCAAUCUGAGCGAACGGGGCCGCCGCUACGCGCAGGCACUUGCCAAGUACAUCGACGAGCAGCAGAUCGAAGGACUGCGCGUGUGGACGUCCUGGCUCAAAAGGACAAUACAAACCGUCGCCGAUGUGAACGCACCGCAGGAACGCUGGAAGGCGCUGAACGAAAUCGAUGCGGGCAUUUGCGAGGAAAUGACAUACGAAGACAUUCAGCUGCGUUUCCCGGAAGAGUUUAAGGCACGCGAUCAGAACAAGUUCGCCUAUCGCUAUCCGCGCGGCGAGAGCUACGAAGAUCUGGUGGUGCGGCUGGAACCGGUCAUGAUGGAGCUGGAGCGGCAAGGGAACGUGCUGGUCGUGUCACACCAGGCCGUGCUGCGCUGCGUGCUGGCAUAUUUUUUGGACAAAUCUGCCGAUGAACUUCCGUACUUGAAAGUGCCUCUCCACACGAUCAUCAAGCUGACGCCGGUCGCGUACGGUUGCAAGGUGGAACACAUUAUGCUCCCAAUUCAUGCAGUCGAUACGCAUCGCGCCAAACCAGAGAGUGAGCUGGAUCUGGACGAUUCCUUCGACAGCACCGCGGGCGGUAGCCCUCCGAACGGAAAGCAGAUCAUUCUGAACGGCUCCAAUGGAGAAUGUCGUUUCUUUCCCAACAACUCGUAAAUCAUCGCUUCUAGUAGGGCAUUAUUACACGGGAGCAGUUCCUGUUUCUAAAGCUGUCCCAAAAGUUCUGAGUAAUAUGUGUAGAGGAGUUUUUUAUUUAGUUUUUAAACAAUGUUCGUUGUUCUCUUUGCUUAUUACGGUGGCUAAAAUGUUUCUUUUCCGGAUUAGUGGACAUUGAUGGUUGAGUUAUUUUUUUUAUAUAUUUUAAAUCAUGUGAUCUUUCACCAGGCUCUCGAUACUGUCUUGCUUUGGACAUCACUUACCAUUUGCUUUAAUUGUUGUAUCACAUUAUCAAUCAUUUCAUUUGUAAAGGAUAUUCUGGUCUUAUUUUUGUGCGUCUGCUAUCAUUUUUAAACUGUUUUUUUUUGUUCCACAUGAAGGGUACCUCAUUUAUAUUAUGUUGUUUAGGAUGGAGAGGACAAUAAAAUGGCAAUAAUUGGGUUCUCCUUUCUUUUACUAUCGCUUUUAGAAUGCUCUUCCUUUGUACAUUCUCGUUACAAUACAUCAUUUCACGCAUACAAAAACAUUACAAAUCCAUUCAAGCUAACAAACAAACAAACCGUCUAACUGGGUGUGGGAUGGGAUUUCAAAAUUGUGUUUUCUAGGUACCGGGUCAGCUAGAUGCAAAGUUUGUGGGGAAACCAAACCCAAACCCAGCGGAGAAAAAGUAGACCAUUAAACACCGAAGGAUCUCUGACUCUCUGCCUCAUUCUCUCCCCGCGGCUGGAAUGCGCUUUUGCGGUUUUUUUUGGUAUGGCUGAUUGCAAUCACGUAGCAUUUUGAUAUUGCAUCCCUAAAACACCCUGACACCCAACGAUGCCAUUGAUCGAAAUCGUUGCCUUUAGAUAUUUCUCCAGUUGGUAGGAAAUGGGAUGAUACGCCUAGCAGGGUCGUAGAAAUGGUAGUUCCAUACCGAGUCCAGUGUGUCGAUCAAACACGUUCGUACCUUUGCUAUCCUAAGAGAUGUUGGUGAAAUGGACAGACGAUGCACAGAGUUAUGUACAAGACAGUCGUAGUGUGUGUAAGGGAAAUGGUAGAGUAUAUGAAGUUGUAAAUAAGAUUACAGAAUCAGCCAAUCGCUUAUUGUUUGGUUGUAUGCUUUUUUUAAAAACGUUGUACGAUUUUUUUCGCUACAAAUCUAUAGCACUCCUCAAACAUCAUUGUGCAUUUGUUGGUUCUCUUCUAAUUUGUCGAUAUUUAAAGCUAGUUUAGUGGAAAAAAAACAUUAAACGUCACUAAAAGACAUAUGAUUUGUGGGGUAUGUACGUAAAAUCUUGGUAAAACCUCAGAUUUUAAUUGUGCAAAAUGGUUAAUUUAAUAAAGUUUAACAAAAACGAAGGUAAAACACACACAUACAUUCAAAGAACAACAUUUACUAUGAUAGAUGUCCUAUAGCUGUUGUUCAGAAAUAUUCUCUUAUAGGAUUCCUUGUCCGAGUCUGAACAGUCGUAGGUUAGCGAAUGAAAUAAAAACAAACAGCACAGGAUCAAGUAAUAACUACCCUAGACACAUAAAUAUAGCAAAAGCGGGCUCUUUACAGGGUAUAAGAACAAUCGAAACUAAAACUGAAUAAAAACAGCAGCUCGCGCAAAACACAAUACUACA